AUGCUCGAAACACAAUUAUUACCCAUCGCUGAACGUUCUCAGCCUUGGCUAUGGCUCAUUGGAGUUAGCGUUACAUUUGGCGUCAUUUUACUUAUUAUAUUAGUUAGUGUAUUGUGGUGUUGUGGAUUUUUUAAACGUCAUCGUCCACAACCAAGUUCACCAAUUGUUGAAUCUCAAAAUGAAGGUCGAUAUCAUGUGAUCAAUAGUCACCUUGAUGAUCAAGGUGAAGGCGAAGUGACGGAUGAUGAUGAUGAUGAAGAAGAUGAUGAUGUGAUGAGUUAUCCAACUACACGACCAGCUGAUAGUCUACCAAUAUUUGUACCGAAUGUUUCUCAUUUAUCAACAUCGUCAGAUGUUGAUUCACCUCAAACAUGUAUUUAUCAUGACAUGUGA